AUGACCGUCCUCUCGAGUAUUAUUGGUCUGUUCAACACAAGACUCGCACUUGCUCUAGAUCCCCCGGUUGUCCCAAAGAAUGAAGCCCCGCUGCGAUUCGGGAUUCUUGGUGCUGCCAACAUCGCGCCUUCUGCGCUCAUCACUCCAGCUAGGAGCCAUCCAGAUGUUGUUAUUUAUGCUGUUGCCGCCCGAGAUGAAACCCGAGCCAGAGCAUACGCGAGGAAACAUCGAAUCCCUGUCGUUUUCUCUUCCUAUCAGGAUCUACUUGACUCUCCCGACGUCGAUGCGGUGUAUAAUCCACUUCCGAACGGAUUGCAUUUUGAGUGGACCAUGAAAGCCUUGACAGCGGGGAAGCACGUUCUUCUCGAGAAACCGAGCUCGAACAGAGCAGAAGAAACUCGACAAAUGUUCGAACUGGCCACAAAGAAAAACCUCGUCCUCCUCGAGGCGUUCCACUAUCGAUUCCAUCCCGCCAAUCACCGGUUCAAAGAGAUCAUCACAAGCGGCACACUGGGCGAGCUCCGAAGUCUGCAGGUUGACACUAGAAUGUUCAGCGGCUUCUUUCCCGCGCGUGAUAUCAGGUUCAAUUACGAGCUUGGAGGGGGUGCAGCCGCUGACAUGGGGUGCUACGGCUUGUCGGUGGUCCGCUGGGUCACUGAUUCAGAGCCGAUCGUCGAGUUUGCCAAAGCGGAAUUAUUCAAUGGUCGAGCCGAUGUGGACCGUGCAAUGGUCUCGGACCUCAUCUUCGACUCGUCUCCUCACUCAUCCUCCCGCAUCUAUGCCCAUAUCGCAUGCGAUCUCGCUCGUCCGUGGAAGUUUGGGAUUCUUCCAACGUUACCGACCUUUAACAUAACCGCAACGUGCGCUCGAGGUACUGUCCGAUGCACCUUCUUCAUCAUGCCCGCAUUUAUCCACUCAAUUACCAUUCAUGAGAACGGCAAGCCUCCCAUCAAAGAGACGAGGUACAAAUUUCUGGGUGAGAACACCAUAGGAAAGGACUGGUGGACCACCUAUCGGUACCAGCUUGAAGCAUUCGUCGACCGAGUUCGCAACCGAAAUCCACAGCACUGGAUAUCAGGAGACGAUUCGGUAGCACAAAUGAGAGCAUUGGAGGCAGUCUAUGUCAAGGCUGGUUUGCAGCUGAGACCUGCCUCCAAUGUCGAAUUUCACUGA